AUGGAAGAUCUAUCUGUUAUGUGGAAAAAACUUUCUUUGUCAGAGGAGGAAGGGAGCGAGUACAGUGGCCAAUCACCGGAAAUUUUGGGAGGAAAAGUCAUUGCUGCCAAGUUUUAUACACGACGUGUCCUUAAUAUGGAGGCCAUUGCUCGAACUUUCAAACAACUAUGGUCAACGAAGAAGGGUUUUGAAGUUAAAGAUAUGGGCAAUCAUGUAGUUCUCUUUGUGUUCUCUGAUAAAACAGAUGCGGAGAAGGUUCUGCUAGGUGAGCCUUGGAGUUAUGAUAAAUAUCUAGUGUCUUUGUGCAGGUUAGAGAAGAACGGUGUUGUUAAAGACCUUGUGUUCGAGAAAACGGUCUUCUGGGUGCAAUUACAUGAUAUACUUGUCUGUGAUAUGACACCGGAAGCAGCAGCGGAGAUUGGUAGGGUUUGUGGGGAUGUUCUACUUGGUAUCCGGGAUUGGGGUAAUCAAGAUGGUAGUACGUUCAUGAGGAUUAGGGUCCGGGUCAAUACUUCUAAACGUUUAUGCCGCGGCCGGAAACUUCGCAGAGAAGAUGGGGAGAUUGGAUGGAUACGUUUCAAAUAUGAACGGUUGCCGAUAUUAUGUUACUGGUGCGGCAGACUAUCUCAUAGCGACAAGGACUGUGAAUUAUGGAUUAAGAGUAAUGGAUCCCUGAUGGAGAACGAUAGACAAUUUGGAGCGUGGCUUCGUGCUCCUCUCUUCAAUAUGAGAAAAUGUUUAGCUAUCAGGGUGGGGGGUGAUGCCGAUGAUAGUAAUGGUGAUACAGUUGGGAGGAUGACGAAGAUAUUGGUGGAGUUGUAG